UAAAAAAGAAUAUUUAAAACCGUGAUCCGACCCAAAUAAUGCGCCGGGUCGCAUCUGGCUGCGACGAUGACAUACAGUACGCGUGUUCGGUGUUCAUCCGGAACUCAUUUAGAAAACAUUUCAGAAAGGCUCAUGAAUUUUCCUUGAUUGCCUGAACAACUUAGAAUGUAACCGUCUAAUUUUAUUCGUUUUUUCCGUUUUAUUCCUGUACUUUCUUGUUGCUUUCCUGGUUCAAAUUUGUCCCUGAAGGAAGCCAAAGCAGAGAAAUUAAAGGACUCGUUCGAAGUUCCACAGUCUAAUUUUGCAUGGAAAUUUCCGUCUUGAGCUUCAAGGUGACCCUUCCUAUGAGGAUGGAAAGGUAUCAUGUGAACCCGAAGAGAAGGUCUCAGAGAACUUUUCAGCAUUUUGCCUUUCCGUGUCUCAGCUUGCAACCUAUAUUCUUGCCUUUUGGCAAAUCCGAAAUCAUUUCUCUCAUUUUCUGCAGUCCCUUCUCCUCCGAAGACAACUCUUGGUUCCAUUUACCCUUCCUGCCCUGUCUUCCCCGAAGGUGAGGUCUACAUAUUUGCAGUUAUAUAUCCAAGUGAUUUAAGGCAGCGCCUUUGGGUAUUUGGAAACAAGUUUAAGUGACAGCAUGGGUAACCGUUUGAUCCCAAGGACAUUCAUGACGGUUUCCACAGCUAUAGAGGUAAUGGAAGAUAGAAGCACUAAUUUACUUAAUGCAAAGGAGGAUAAUCAUGGAGGAGUUACGGUUAACGUGGACCAGCCUAUGGAUUCCAUGGUCUUUGCUUCUUUGCUGGAAUCAUCAAUGUCAAGCUGGCGGGAACAGGGAAAGAAGGGGGUAUGGAUCAAGUUGCCCAUACGACAUGCAAAUCUUGUUGAGGCUGUGGUGAAGGCUGGAUUUAGGUACCACCAUGCGGAGCCAGAUUAUCUGAUGCUUGUACAUUGGAUUCCCGACACUGCUGAUACCCUCCCUGCAAAUGCUUCACAUCGUGUUGGAAUCGGUGCAUUUGUCAUGAAUAAUAAUAGAGAGGUCCUUGUGGUUCAGGAGCGCACUGGAUGGUUCAAAGGUAAAGAUGUAUGGAAGUUACCUACCGGAACUGUUGAGGAGGGUGAGGAUUUGUCUGCUGCUGCUGUUAGGGAAGUUAAAGAAGAAACAGGAAUAGAGACAGAAUUUGUAGAAGUUUUAGCUUUCAGGCAAAGCCACAAGGCUUUCUUCCGGAAAUCAGACCUGUUCUUUGUUUGCAUGUUGCAACCACGUUCCUUCGAUAUUCAGACGCAGACGUCUGAAAUUGCAGCUGCUCAGUGGAUGCCAGUUAAGGAUUAUGCAGCCCAACCCUUUGUGACACAAAACUCGGGCUUCGACUCAGUUGCAAAAAUAUGCUUAGAGAAGUUGGAUGGGAACUACACUGGCUUCUCUCCCCUGCCUAUAGUUUCAUCUACUGGGAAAAAGACUUACCUAUAUUUCAACAAACAGCAUGCUGGCCACUUGUUUGCUUCCGAAGGUCACCAAGCUUGACUUGGAAUUACAAGUGCCAUAGGACUGUGAAACCUUCAUAGACUAUCAGGUUGUUUAUAGCAUUACACAGACAGCUAGCUCUAUCUCUAGCUUUCAUAUUUUCUGAUUCUGCAUGCAUUUCUUUCUCUAACCAUUUAAUAAUGGAUUCAGUAAUUUAUUGUUUGUUCAUUUAUCAGAUCUCUCUACCAUGUAAAGCUUUCUGAUUACAGUAUCCAAGUGUGAUUUCAUUUAUAUA